AGACGUUGAUGAGGCAUAGCGGUCUAUGCGACAUAGAGGAGCAUUGGCGGUCGGCGUCAAGUUAUUUUAUUUAUUUUGGCAAUCAUGGUGUUUUGGCGGGAUUAGAUAAUGUUUAUUUUUAAAAUAAUGUUUGAGACAUAUAGCCAAAUGCUAUACAGUUGUAUAUAAGAAUUAGUUAAAGGGUAGCCUAGUGAGGUGUUACAAAGUGGUCAUUAUGUUGUCCUGUGAAGAGAAGUCCUUCAGUUUGAUUAUACAAAAUCUUAAUGUGCAGGGUUUGAAUAUUACUGAGGGAAGUGAUAUGUUGCAGUUAUUAUUGGAACCCAGUCAAAUUAGGAAUGAUAUUAUAAUGGCUUGUUUCAAUAAAUUGAGCGGACAAGCUGUUUCGUUUGAUGUAGACAAGAUUACAUUGUCAAAUGAACUAUUUAAAUUUGCCCUGCAGUACGGCCUGUGCACGAAGAACGAAAAGGACGUGAUCACGGGCACUAGCUCGCAAGACAAGCAAAUUGCUUUCUGGAGGAACCUUUUCAAGAAACUUGUAACUUUUGAAAAAAUGGAAUCGCAUGACAUUGAUGCUGUGUGUAAUAAAAUAAUUAAUAGAAGAUUCACUGCAGAAUUUCAGGAAUUGUUAACAACGCAAGUGAAUCUGGCUGAAAUGCAACUUUUGGGGGGAAAGGAGGAGUUAAAAACACCCAAGACAGAAGUGGUGAAGACUGAGCCCAUAGAUUGGUUCACGGAAGCUGUUCCCGUAGUCGCGGAGAAAGCCAAGGCGAUUGUGAAGCAAGAACAGAGUGAUGGGAUGGAAAUGCUUCGUCUGGAGAAAGUUGAUUUCACUGAAUGUCUUUACAGGGUGAAAAAUUCUUUACCUACAGAAAGACCGAAAGUAGGUUUUAAAGAAUUUGAUAGCCUGAUGUCGAAGAUUCAUGACUCACUGACAAAACUGAAUGAUGUUGCUGUGAAUGUUUGCAACUGAGGUACUGCAAGUCUCGGGAGUUUUCACCGCUGAUGGUGGCCAGCCAAAAACAGCAGCGUUGAAGGAAUAACACCUAUAUGUGUUUGCAAUCCGAAAUGUUUCGUUACUUAUGGAUAUAAUUUUGUGUAAAAUGAUUUUGUAUUUAAUUUUUUUUUACUCAUUUAUGAACUUAUUGUUUAGUGGUAAGUGUUAGUGCAUAUGUAAAGUAUAAUUUAUAUUGAACCUAAUUACAAAUAUGUUUAGGCUUUAAAAAAUACUUUUUCAUAAGAAUAAUUGAGCUAUAUAUCAAACACUAUUUACAUGGCCUUUUUUAAAAAUAUAAUGCAAAAUUUGUUUGUAAAAAGAAGUACAGUAUUUAUGAUAUGUAGCAUGGAUAGUGAAAUUUGGCCUUUUUUUGUAAUGAACUCUGAAGGAAUUUUUUAAUGUGUAAAAUAUAAUUUUUUGUAGUAAUAAUAUAUAUGUAGUAUGUAGACUUAUUGGCAAUAAAUGAAACCUAAACAUUAUACUACAGUUUUUUAAAUUCUACUUAAUAAAAUUAUUUACUGUA